AUGGAGCAAGAGAACACCGUGGGCAAGCCGGGGCAGAAGUGUGCCCUGAGGGAACCGGGACAAGGGAAAUAUCCCCAAAGGAGACGGGACAGGCGCAGGAGUGGCGAUGCUGCUUCACCGGCAGAGACUGGCCGGAAGAAAGCUUGCAAGAGGGACACCAACCCUGAAGAUGGGAGGGAUGAGGCUCUGAACGAGUAUAAAAGGAUGCAAAACGACCUGAAGGACAUCCUAGACCAGUCUGUGGAGAAGCUGUUGAAUUUCCUCUCCAAGCCCUGCCCACCUGAGACAAAGAAGGGGAUCACACAUCUCAUGAAGCGUCUCUCAGGCCUGAAGCCAGACAUCUUGUUGGACCCCGUGUACAUUGGUCUCUUUGGCAUCACUGGGGCAGGGAAGAGCAGCUUGCUGAAUGCCAUCAUGGAUAAAUACCUGUUCCUGCCUGUCUCUGGGUACUCAGCCUGCACAUCCUGCGUGGUGCAGGUCAACACAAGCCCCAGCAGAGUCUACGAGGCCAAAAUCCACCUUCUCACAGACGAGGAGUGGAAGGACGAGCUCAAGAAUCUGGUGGCACUUGUGCGUGUGGAGGAAGAUGAGGAUGACAACGAAAGAAGGGAGGCUGUCUCCAAGAUCUCUGCUGUCUAUGGGGAGGAAGCUAACACUUACAGCUAUGAAGAACUGUGCAGGAUGAAACCUGUUAUCUCUGUUCCCAGUUCAAGAUGCAUCAUCCUCAAGGGAACAAGUGGAGAAGAUCUUUCCGCAAAGAUGGCCCCCUACAUCCGGGUUCAGGGCAAGAACGAUGCUGCAAGCACAGAAGAUGGAAAGACACGGCUCUGGCCUCUCAUAAAACACGUGGAAGUGGCUGUCCCGAGGUCUCAAGUGGUUCCGGAAGGUGUCGUCUUUGUGGAUAUCCCAGGGACGGGCGACUCCAACAGCAAAAGGGAUGCAAUGUGGAAAGAGAACAUCAACAAAUGCUCUGUCAUCUGGGUGGUCAACUCCAUCGAACGCAUCCAGGGCCACAAAGUGCACGAGACGCUGCUGAAGGAAGGCAUGAAGGCCUUCCAGCGGGGGAUGUGCAAGGACAUCUCCCUGGUGGUCACCAAGUCGGAUCAGAUCGAUCUAGAAGAAUACAAGAGAGAAAGCAAGGAGUAUGUUGCAAAUAAGCAUGAUGGCAUCCUAAAAAGGAAUAAAACUGUGAAGCAAGAGAAGGGAGAGAUGAUGAAGAAAAACCUGGAGAAAAAGCUUCCAGCUGACUCAGAGGUGCUGCAGAAGGCUGACCUUGUGUACACGGUCAGUGCCAGGGAGUACUGGAAAGGGAAGACGCUCAGCGAUGAGAAGAUACUCAGCGAGGAGGAAACAGAGAUCCCAAAGCUGAGGGACUACAUCCAGAUGUUUUGCACUGCACAGAAGAGGAACAUCCUGAAAGAAUAUGUCUCAGAGGCUUUGUCCAUUUUGUCCCUGAUCCAGAGUCUCCGGUGCCACCAAGCUGCACAGUACCUGGGGGUGAGGACAACCUACUGGAAUGACUUUAUGCAGAAGAUCAUUGAUCUGGGGAAAGACAUUGAGACAUGUUUCACAUCCAUUGAGCAGCCACUCAGGGAUGGGCUGAAUCAAGCAAAGAGGUCAUACAGUAGAAACAUUGAAAAGAUCUUCAAUCAAGCCAACAGGCAGCAGGGUUUCCACAGAACCCUGAGAGCUGUGUGCCUGAAGCAGGGGGUGUACGUGUCCAAGGUCUUUGGCCGGAUAGACAUCAACAGCUCCCUGAGCCAGCCCAUCUAUGAGCACAUUGACAUGAGUUUUGGAAACAUCUUCAGAAUCCAGAUGGAUGAGAGCUCCAUGCUGAAAAACUGCCUGGACAGGUUCCAAGAUGCCAUGAAGCAGCAGCUGCAGAGAGCUGUGGUGGAGUACAGAGUGCCUGACGAAAGUGGCAAGCUCAAUUUCCUUUACCAGGAGAUUGACCUCAUUGUCAGGGAGACUGAAAGAAUCAUCCUCCAGAAGAAAGCAGACAUCUACAACUCCCUGACCACAACCAUUCAAAAGCGCCUGUUGCCGUGCUAUUCAGAUGCUGCACAGAACACUGGGCGCCUCUCCUACACCAGGAUGACCAACAGCCUCAACGAGGGCAUCAAGAGAGAGGUAGAGAGUGGAAUGUUUGAAAAAGCUCAGGAGAACAUGAAAGAGGAGUUUCAGGUCCUGAAGAUGCAGAUCACCAGUAAGAUGGAGAAGGAAUUCUCUGACAUGCUUGACCUCAUCUUUUGCCCACCAGACCAAUUUGAGAGCAGGCUUCCAGACUUGUGGGAUCAGCUGUCCUCCAUGCGCACCAUCCACGAGAGGCUGAACCCAGCCCAGUGAUGCUCCCAGUGCUGCAGGCAUCAUCUCGGAUGAUUC